UUUUCACAAAAAUCGAUAGGCCUCGUCAUGUGUGAAUUCCAUGGGAGUUCACUUCCACCCUCUCCAGGCAGAACCAUAUCACCUCCUCAAGAUUGAGAUCAGGCCAGGCUUGGUUGCUCGAAAAGAUGAAUGGUUUCCAAAGCCAACCCCGGACCAUUUUGCUGUCGAUUGGCAUAGCCGGUUGUGGCACUGUUGCAGUAUUGAGCCUAUUCCAAUAUCUUCGUGGUCAAUCCCGCUGGAAGCACGCACAAGCCCAAUGGGCCCAAGAGGAUCCAGAUGUGGUUAUCCUUCAUCAGUUUCCAAGGCCGAAGGCUUGCUUGAGUGCCUCUCCAUUUCCAAUCAAAUUAGAGACCUAUCUUCGCAUCGCGGAAAUCAAAUACAUCAAUGACUUUGAAUUUCCGUAUCAUCCUCAGACCCACAAGAGUCCUUGGAUCACAAUCAAUGGGGAGCAUUUCGCGGAUUCUCAACUGUGCAUUGAAACGCUCAAUCGGAAGUUCAAUAAGGAUCUUGGAUCUCAUCUGGCUCCCAAGGAAAAAGCCGUGGCUAGAAGUCUUCGGGUGUUGCUUGAGGAUCAUUUCUAUUGGGUCUUUGUCAUGGAUAGAUACAUGAACCAACAGGGUCGAUAUUUGGAUCAAGUCUACUCGUGGGUAGACUCUCAAAGCGUUCUGUCGCGAAUUCAAUUUGAAUUCUAUCGCCGACGAGCCGUCAAAAAAUUGACUAACCAAGCCUUAGGCCAAGGUUUGGCAAGAUGUGGACCCGGAGACGUUCAGAAAAUGGGUAUUGCUGACCUUGAGGCCAUCUCCGCUUUGUUGGGUUCAAAGUCCUUCGUUAUGGGUGGCGAGAAGCCCUCCGUUUUGGAUUGUACCUUGUUCGGUUUUGUAGCAUGUGUCUUGUACACCUGUCAAGAAAACAGCACCUACAAGAGUCUCAUCGAGAAACGGCUCACGAAUUUGAACCAACAUUGCUUGCGCAUGAAGGCCAAGCAUUUUCCGGAUUGGAACACUCUCAUCAACGGACCUUCAGAAUUGAAAGCCCCCACAACGGAAAAGACUUCAGAUGAAAACGGCAGCCAUGUGGACAAUGGAAAAGGUAAUAGUGCCAACAACAAACCAAUUGUAACCGCCAGUCGUCCUCCGAUUCCAAGUGGCCUCGUUGGGGGAGCCAAGAAAUGAAAAGAAGGACGGAUGUCCUAUGAAACACGAAGCUCUGAGGCAAAUUGGACGGAACCACACUAGCCUGAGGUCCCGUCAGUUCUUCCCUUGAUCUUAUAUCCAUCUACAAAUACUACAACGGACAAGGCACUGAAAUCUAUUACAUUGCACAACAAGAGGAACAAAACAGGUUCCUCAUCAACCACAGCUGCGAACGUGUCGUUUGUGUCAACAAUUCUUUUUCAUUGGUGUUUCACCCGUCUUUUCUCACUAAAUAUUUACUCAUCAAGAUGUACGAGUGCGUUUUUAUUUGUUCUCUGUGC